AAAAAAACUGAUCGCGGGGCAUAUUCAAGACAGAACAUUACUGUUGCUAUACGCGCAAAGCGGUUUUCAUUGCAUAUAGUUUCACGGAUUUCCUAGAAGAGUCCAUUACACAUACCAGCCAAAAUGUCGAAGCCAUUUGACCCAGAGCAGGCGCAGAACCUGGAGGAUAUGGAGAAGCAGUUCGCGGUCAAGGCCGUCGAACACCUCAUGACAUACUGGGCCAUCCUCGAAAAGGUCCCCGGCUCGAAGCUCCGCUUGACCAAGAUGGACGACGAGAUCUACGCACACUUCAAGGAAGAAUUCCCCGACUUCGACCCCGCGGCGACACUCAUCGAGGACGAGAUGAAGAGCAAGGCCGGCAAGGAGAAGUGGCGCAACUGGAUGAUGAAGUAUGAGAAGACGAUUCACGACUUCAACUUUGGCACGAUUAUCCGGACGAACCCCAAAUACGAGUAUGAUCAGGACACUACUAUUUUCGGCGUUCGCAUGCAGUUCUACGCUGUUGAGAUUGCGAGAAACCGCGCUGGUCUGAACGACUGGAUCUACGAGAAGGCACAGAAGGCUAGCUCGUAACCGACGCGACGCUUUCCUUCGUCCUCACCACUAGGAGCCACCCAUGAAACGCGGUUUCGCUCAUGCAUAGGACCUUAGACACGGAAUUGUCCAACGAUAGCGGAUUUACGUUAAACGAUUUGAUAUUAGACGACAAUAUAGAUUGGACCAAUCGAGUUUGGUUUCCGAGACCCGAAUAUACUUUAUGGACAACAUUUUCCUUCCGAGUGCUGCGCAUAUCGACCACUCCGUGCAUCGUGUACCAAAAUGCAUGGUAUUGCUUCCACUGGCAUUAAAAAGAAUGAGAAAAAAAA